CAUGGACUCUUUUUCCUAUUCAGAUUGUUCUCCCACAUUUGUUAAGAAAAGGGGGAGCGACAACCAGGCUGAGGCACCAGAGGGUUCUCCGAUUAGGGCUCAGUGUGAGGUUGUCUCCAUACUUUAUGGCGAGAAUGCCUUUGUUUAUGGUGGUGUUGUGGUGGAGGAGCCCGAAAAUCUUCCCUCCUCUAGCGGGAGUAUGAAUGGACUUCUCGAGAUGUAAGUGAAUUUCCUAGUGUUUUCGAUAGAAGGGCUGUGCUGUUGAAUUGGGCAAACGAUAGUUGUAUUCUUAGAAAUCUCAGCUAUGGCUCUUGUGUUAAAUUAGUUGCCUGUGGGGAAAAUGAGAGAGUCUUCUAUGGUAAAUAGAAUUCUAGAGACGAUUUUUUCUAUGUUUACUCAUAUCUGUUUUACGAUAUAUACCUUAGGUUUCCUCUAAACGUUUUUCAAAUGGAUGUUCUGAAAACCCUUAACGUCACCCCCACACAGUUACAUCCAAAUAGCUGGGGGUAUAUACAGGCGUUCGCGGUUAUGUGCCAAGUCUUGGCCAUUAACCCCACGGUUGCCCUGUUUCUUUAUUUUUUUAGGACCCGCCCGAUUGGAAAAAGGGGUUGGGUUUCUCUAAUUUCCGAGUCUGGGAACGCAAUUUUGGAAUUAUACGCCCAAUCCUUUAGAGGUUUCAAAAACCAAUUUUUUAGGGUGUCCAUCACUGAAUCAGGUCGCUCGUUCUUUUUCAACGAGGAUAAUAGUCCCAAGUUUCCUUUGUAUUGGACCCAGAACCCUAGGAAGCUUACCUCUUGGUCGAAAGAAGAUAUGACUCAUAUCGAAUUGGAAGCUCUGAGUGUUAUGGCUGCGUUGUCUCGCCCCUUUUCUUCCAGAAAGAUUAUCAACUGUCUCGAGUAUGACGAUAUGAACUCGAGGGUAUUUGCUACUAUGGGUAAAAGAGCUCCCCUUGACUGGUUUGCCGCUGCUGACGCCAAGAAGAAUAAAGGGGGAACCUCGGCCUUGACGACUAUCAAGAAUCCUAUCCAUGUCAAUGAUGAACCGCCACCUUCUCCCGAACGGCCGCUUUCAAGGAAACGAAAGGCUGUCACCGGUGGAGAUCCGAAAGCUUCCGAUAAGGGGAAGAGUAUUGGAGGGGUGGUCGACCCGCAUGCCGAUCGCGACAUUCCGAAUGGCAUGUGGGAUGCGGCCUUUAACCUUGGCCAUAAGAUCGAGUUCAACUUUGAUUUGGCUGAGCAGAAAGUCAUGGAAAAGACUUCUGAGCAAAAAAUGGCGGAUAACUGCUUAGAAUUUGCCUGCCGGGCGGCAGCUGCUGCCUGGAACUUAGCGUAUGCCUCCAACCGAGGUAACUUGGUCACCGAGCUGGAGCGUUUAAAAACUGAACACGCUAAGUGUGAGCAAAGGCAGAAGGAAUCCGAGGAGAUGAUAGUAAAAGGCCGGGAGAUAAUGGAGAAUCUGCAGAAGGAUGGUGUUGAGAUGAAAAAGGUCAAAGACCAGCUUGCAGCUGAUCUGGAAUGUUCAAAGAAAGAGAAUGAGGAGCUGAAGAAAAGGUUGAUAACUUUGACUUGCGAGAGGGACGCCUUGCGCCAGACCAUUACUGAAAACCAGGAGUUGCAGGAUGAGAUGACUGAUGCUAUCAUCCUGGAACAUACCAGGGGCUUUAAGAAGGCGCUAAGGCAGGUGUCCUAUAUUUUGAAUGUCUGUACUGAAGGAGUCAACUUCGACAUUCGGAAGGACGUUUACCAAGGAGAGUUGGUUCCGAUAGACGUCAUUCCUGCCGGGUCAUUUCCAGAUGACGAGCCUGCAGGGACGCCCACCGAGGCAAUGGCAACAGAGGAAGCUGCUCGAAUCGAGACACCCGAGGGGAAUUCAGGGGUUCCUGCUGUGGAGGAUGCCCCCGUCGUAGACCUUGUAUAGAAUAGAUUUAACUUAGACAUUCUGACAUUUUGUACUUACUGUUCUUAGGGUUGUUUGCUGCGUGUAUGUCGUCAUUUGGUACUUGUCGAAACUUUAUGUUCUUAUACUUGAAUGUUUAUAGGAUCGCUAUACUUGAAUGUUUAUAGGAACGCGCGUUAUUUGUAAUCAUAUGAUGAGUGCCUUUGUUGA